CCAAAUACAAAUUCUAUUAAUCACCAGAAUAUUUCAUGCUAAAAUUAACAAAUAAAAAUUAAAAAAAAAGAAAUUGUCCUUUGUAUGACGCUUCGUCUCACUCGGGGCCGAGAAAUCACAGCUGUCAGGCUCCGCUCUCCAUCUCCAUCACUCUUCCUCCCCUCGGCUUGAGAAAUGCAGAGGCAAUCACUGGGAUCGCCGAGCUCCAAACUCGAAAUCCAUGGCGAUGCAAGGAUCCUCAAAACAGAAGAGAAGCGGAAGGCUGGAUCCUCUCCCGCGUCAGAUUCGCCGGCAUCCAUUUCCGCGGAAGAUACCAAGAUGGAGAAGCCGAUCCGUCCGCUUUCGAAAUCCGGGAGAUCCAUCCACCUCGUCCCCAUCCUCAUCCUCCUCUGCUUCACGAUUCUAUACAUAUUCUCCCGCGAACCCUCUGCCGAAGAUUUGUCGAGUUUCGGUGGAUUCUCGAGACCGGCGAAUCGCAAAGAUAUAAACGCAGGAAUGUGGAGCCAUCGGGUGCUGAAGGCGACGGGAAAGGUUCGCCAUCGGAGAAUGGGACCUCCGUAGGAUAGUCUCCGACAUCAGACAAGAACGCCGGCGAACUUUCCGGCGGUUGCGAAUAUGCGCCAUGCUUGAUUUCUGCAUAUUUGUGCUGGAUGAAUUUUUCGUU